CUCCGGUUUAUUGUCGCUGACAGUCGGAUUAUUCCCUCACAGCAGCAGCUUGCUCCUCUUCAUCCUCAGUCUCCUCCGUCCGACAAUGCGGGCACCAGCUCAGGAUUUAUGAUUUCUCCAUCGUUUCUUCCUCCUGUGCACGGACUUGUUCCAGGGAUGCGGCUACAUUAUUACGUCUAAGCAGUCAACUUGAACAGAAACAGGAGUGAGGGUGAAUCCCACUCCUGCCUCCAGCCUCACCACUCCAGUUCCAGCAGACCCAGAACCCGCAGUCCCCCCAUCCCUCUGACAGCUCCAGAGCUCUCCAAGGGAUCCUCUCCGGCUUCUCCUAAAGGGUUCUCUGUGGUGUUCUGGACAGCUACUUACGCCUCGGGGCCUUGGACCUUCAUGCGUCUCCCAGCGACAGAGUCCACCCACACCUCCACCCACCACACCAAGACCUCUACCAUGAGCUGUGAACAGGAGUUUGGAGAUGGCGCCAUGGGGGUCACACUCACACUGCGCCUCCUCAUGCAUGGAAAGGAAGUCGGAAGCAUUAUUGGAAAGAAAGGAGAAACCGUGAAGAGAAUACGUGAAGAGAGCAGCGCCAGGAUCAACAUCUCAGAGGGCUCCUGUCCAGAGAGGAUCAUCACCAUCACGGGUCCGACGGACUGUGUCUUCAGAGCCUUCACCAUGAUCACCUUCAAACUGGAGGAGGACCUGACAGCUUUGGUAGCUAAUGGCACAGUGACCAGCAAGCCUCCGGUCACCCUGCGUUUGGUCAUCCCAGCCAGCCAGUGCGGUUCCCUUAUUGGUAAAGGGGGCUCGAAGAUCAAGGAGAUCAGAGAGACAACAGGUGCUCAGGUGCAGGUGGCCGGUGACCUCCUCCCCAACUCCACAGAGAGGGAGGUGACGAUAUCAGGGAGCCAGGAUGCCAUCAUCCAGUGUGUCAAACUCAUCUGUACUGUAAUCCUGGAGUCUCCACCAAAGGGAGCGACAAUUCCAUACCGACCCAGUCCGACGCCUGGAACUGUGCUGCUGGCAGGAAACCAGGUGUUCGAGGCUUCGGACUUUGGCUCUCACCCCCUGUUCUCAGUGGCACAGGGAGCAGUUGACCUGCAGCAAACGUAUGCAGUACAGAGCCACUAUGGCAUUCCACAUUCAGAGUUAGCAAAGCUGCACCAGCUGUCCAUGCAGCAGCAAGGCCUCGCCCAAAUCAGCCAGCCGGCUACACAAGUCCUGCCUGGGGUGGAAGCCAAUCCCCAGACCACAUCUCAGGAGCUCCUCAUUCCAAAUGAUCUGAUUGGCUCAAUCAUCGGUCGCCAAGGAACCAAGAUAAAUGAGAUCCGCCAGGUAUCAGGAGCUCAGAUCAAGAUUGGCAGUCAGAUUGACAGCACCAGUGACCGACACGUCACCAUCACCGGCACGCCGAUAGCCAUCAACCUGGCUCAGUAUUUAAUCACUUCAUGUUUAGAGACCGCCAAAUCCACCGCCCAGUCCUCCUCCAUGCCGUCUCCCGUUGACCUGACCAUGAGCUUCACCCAGCCCGCCCCCCCUGCCUCCGCCUCGUCCUCCUCCUCCUCCCCCCUGGCAGCGAUGGGCGCGGCACUGCCCCACGCUCCAAUCCUGGGCGCCCCCUACGCCCUCCCCCUCUCCAGCCUCCUGGGAGUGAAAUCCAUCCCCUACCUGGCACUGUCCACCCCUCCUGCUUCAGCAGCAGCAGCAGCAGCCGCGGCAGCCGCCAUUGGGGCACCAGUGUUGCAGAGCUCGUUGCCGACAGCGGCGACAGCGGUUCCUGUUUCGGCUCAGGCGGCAGCCGCUCUGGCGUCCUAUACGGCCAAGAUCUCCUCCUCCACCAACGGGAUGAAGAAGCCGGAGAGACAAAAGUUUGCACCGUACUAACAAAGGAGGAAAUGAGUUUCUAAGGGUUGCCGGGUGUUUGUAGCGACUGAUAUUUGAGGUUCUUUGGGCCACACAGCCUGUAAAAGCCAUAGAGACUGUCAAGCUUUCCCUCUUUUCGUCUGUGUCCUGCUCCUAAUCCUGUUGUAUACUCGUAUAUUUAUUAACUGUUCCAGAAUAUCCCUCAGAGUUUAUAUCACUGGUCACUAACACGUAGCUGAACGACUCAGCUUUUGUAUACAAAGAUGUCGACCUUGUAAAUGACUCUUUCCUGCUUCCUGUCUGCUCGUUUUCUUUUCUUUCAGUAUUUUUUUGUAAACCUUUGUUUUUUUUUUAAAAAAACACAGAUUUUAAGUGUUAUCGUUAACUGUUUUUUGUUCACAAUAAUCAUUUAAAAUGUGUUGUUUAAAUUAUUUUUAACUUAUUAAGGAGUGUUACAUUUGCAGUUUUAGGAAAAAACUGGAUUUCCAACAUGACUGCAGGUAAAUGCUGUAAAACUGUGUUUUAGUUUGUUUUUUAAGUGUGUGAACAAAUUUCUUUUGUUUUUGAGAAGAAGAAAAAUCACUAUACCAUUGAUGCUAAAAAGAAGUUCUCUUUGUUAGAGUAGAGUUUUCACUCGUAAACUCAAACUGGACUUUGACCAUACCAACACACACACUCUAACUGGGGACAUGUUUCAUGUCUGACCUGCUUCUGCACUUUCCAUAUCCACAGAACUAAAAUGAAAGUAGAACCGGCAGCAGACUGAUCCCGAAGGUUCGUCCUUCGCAGGUUAGAAAUAAACAAGUUUGGUUGCAUUUAAAAAGCAUUAGAACCAGGAAACUGGUUCCAGACCAGAAUCAGCUCACUGGGACAUCAAAUACCGCUAAGACUGAGAUUAGUUAGAGACUAAUCAGACUGGUGAGUUUAGCUGAGCAUCUCUACUGGCUUUAUCUGUAAUGUCUGUCUCUGCUCUAUGAGAGUAUUGAUAGGAUAAAGUAUUGAUUACAUCUCCAGUCUUACUGAACUGCUGGUAUUCAGUCAUGUGUCGUCUGCAAGCUGACAUGCCAAAAUGACUAAUAAUGUUCAGGUUCUGAGUAUUUCCACAGUUUAGAUGUGAGUUCGGUUCUUCUACAGUAUCUAAGAAAGAUUUAAGCUUUGAACUGGAUAAAUAUUCACCAGUUCAGUUCCUGAUAUCUGGAGCUACUGGCUGCUUCAGACCAGCUUGUACACAUCCAAGCAGAUGAAAACAUUUAGGAUCUUGGAAGUCCAUAAGGUCUUGGUGUGUGGAUGGGUGCAAUCAGUUGGGAUUAAGACCCUUCAUGACAAAUACUGCAUUGCUUCUGCUCCCACAGGUACACAUUUUGGUGUUUUUAUAGUGUUGUUGCUACAUGUGUUUGGUGUAAACAAACCGCGAUGGGCUGUUUCACUCUAUCAUGAAACAGCUCAUUUGAUAGAUUCUUCUUAGGAGCCCAGUCUAUGUCUGUCUUCAUCAGGAAGAUUGCUAGAACAUCCUAAUGAAUGAAAACAUUAGUUCAAGUUAAAAUUAGCUCAACUUACAUGCUGUUGCUUAGCAACCACAAUCUUGACAAGAAAUACCAAAAAACCGCUAUGACGUUAAUCUCCCCGUGAUGUUUAGUUUAGUCUCAACAUAUCAGCAGCUAACAGAGAAGGAUCCUAACCAGCUGAAGUAAAGUGAUUUCCAAACCUUUAACAAACGAUUACUGAAAACUCUGACAUGAUUUGACUCAGUUACUUUACAUCCCAACUGAAGGUUCACAAGACACAUUUCUCUACGUCUUUUAUUUAAAUCCUUGGCUUGAUCUCCCUUUUUAAUACUUCAUGGGAAACCCAGAAGUAACCUCCAUCAGUUUCAUGAUCUGAACGAUUUAAACAACCAAAAACAUAAAUGUUCACCACACACACUGUGGUCUACAGCAGUGGCUCCCAACCGGGGGUCCAGGACCCCCAAAAGACCACAAGGGGUCCCCGAGGAUUUAAACAUUUGUGAGGAAUUGUGAUCCACACAUUGUCACUAUUUUUAAGAAAAAAAAGUAAGGGUAUAUGUUAAUAAUUUAAUUCUGGCUUCAUGAAAGGACAGGACUCAGCCACAAUACAUUAUUUAUGGUGAGAAUCUCACUUUUUUAAAGCAUAAAACCAAACAUGGUUUCAGCACGGGGUGGCGCAGAGGUCUAUGGCUUUUUAGUAUAUACAUGAAUGGGGUCCCCAAGGUAAACAAGUUGGGAACCAUUGGUCUACAGUGAGCUGGUUGACCACCACUUGCUGUUCUACUGACCUGAUGAGGAGGAUGUGACAUCAUGUCAGUGCAAGCAGCUGCAUUGUUUGAGAACAGAACUGGUACUAUUCUAUGAAUCAGGUUUAACUUUAGGUGAUCUAGCUUUAAUCCUGUGACACUGGUUUUUCUCAGUGAAUCAAACCCAAAUCUGAAUAUGUGUUUAUGUAAAGUCAUAUUGGCAUCAAGUGACCAUCAAUCAUUUAUUUACAAAGAGAAAAUAUUUAUAUUUCUCUAUAAAUAAGUAUUGUAUGAAAACUCAAUCAGCUCAACAUUCAUGUCAGAAGAUCUGAGGAUUUAUGCAGGUGGAAAGUUUCAGUCUGAUUUGGUCAAAUGUGCCACUGGCUGUUUGUGUUGCUCUUUGGUCCAAAUAAAGAACAAGUAAACAAAAGAAAAGAGAUUAAACUGUCGGUGACAAUACUGAUAGUUUUUAUGCUAAUUUUUUGUCAUCAGGCUCUAAAACGAUUAAAGGCCUUUCAUGGUUGAGUGAUUUUAUUUAACCUAGUUUUUGAAAUUUUUAUGUGAUGAAUAGGAAAAAGGACGUAGCCUACGGAUGACUUCUGAUGUUGUUUAAUGAGUUUGACAUGAUGCACAUUUAUUUAAGAAAAUGGCGAGUACAUCACUUAAAUUUCAGCGAUAAUACUAAUAAAUCAACUUAAAAUUCCAAAAACGUCAGCAGGAGCAAGAUUUAGGCAAAAUAUCCUCUUUGCUGAUUUAUCUCUCAUCAUGAUUCUUCUACGUGAGCAAAAGUCAGACAGCUUAGAUUUCAUUUAACAGACUCACUUUCCAAACACCGAUGACUUUUUAAACAUUACAAGUAAACUGACUGCUCAGGAGUUGGAGCUUUCACCUCCAGAUCAGGCUACGUUUCCAGCAUCAGUUGCCAUGGCAAAAAAAAAACCUGGGAAGAAGAAACACAGCUACAUGAAACAAAGUUAGUUUCCUCAAUAAGCCACUAAUCCUGCUUAGUAGUGCAAAUCUCAGGUCUGUUUAGCUUUUUCAGCAACAGCACCAGCAUCACAUUGAGCAACACAUCAUUCCUAUUGGCUGGCUGGUAGAUGUAGGCCGUAUAUGGCAGAAUGACCAUCCUAACUUUCUGAUUAGAAUAGAUGUUUUCAGACAUCCCCAACGAUUUUCUCAUUUGGGACGGCCAAACAUCGCUCAGUGUGUGCCGGGUUAAAUCUACUUAUUGCCGUUCUGUGGAUGAGUGAAAGUAGCGAACAGUGUCCUUGUUUUUGACUUUUUCCAGCUGAACUGAUGCCUGACGCACGGUUUACUGCCAGUGUCAGAGACUAAUGCUGCAUGUUUGCUUGGCCUCACUAACACACACACACAAACAUGUAAAUACACACAAGAAUGGCGAUUAGUGCAACCUCACACACGUGCAGACACACACACGGGCCUCAACCUUUGUGAACUAAAAGCAAUACUAAACUGAGUCGAAUGAGUAGCGACACAUUGCAGAGCAAAAUACUAACAAAUAUGUUCAUAUUUAACUUGAGUUGUUGAUACAUAAUGUUCUCUGUCAUUCUGUUUUUAAUAAGACUGAUGAUGAUGAUGAUGAUGAUGUGGUAUGUUUAACACACUCAUUUAUUUUAUAAAGUCAGAUGACCCUGUCAAUGAACUGUGGACACAGCAUUUAAUCUAUUCUUUACCCAUCAUUCUCAUUCAUCUUUCCUUCAUUGACCAUGUGUCUGUUGUCUAUUGGCAUGAGUCUGACUUGAACUGACGUCUAUGCAAAAACAUCUCUGUGGUUCGGCUCGGGGAUCCCUGCUGGGUUCACGUGGAUGCUGUGCAGCAGAUGACGGCUCGGACUCAAUACAUCUGCCCUGAAGAGGGGAUUAGUUGGUUAAAAAGGUCCUUCAACCAGUCACAGAAGACUAAGCAGAAUAGUGGAUUCACCUCCUUUUGAAACUCUAAUUUCUCAUCUGUUGGGGUCAUUUAGAAGCAGGUUGUGGAAAGUACUUAAGAACAGUCAGAUCACUCUGAGUUUAGUAAAUCAGAGAGGAAUUUUGAUGUGAAGCUACACAAAUAUCUACACCGUUAAAAGACCAAAUUUUCCCAAUUUUAAACCUGAAAUAUGGAAUUUUGAGUGAUUUCAAAGUUGUGGAUUUUUUAAACCCCACAUCAGUUUUGCAUCCGUUUACUUUGUCCCUAUAUUCUCAACCAAAGAACAUCUGUCAUUAAUCCAUCAGGUCUUGUCAGACUGGAGCUGGAUAUCUAUGGAACAACAAUAAAGACACACGUUUUGUAGCUUCUAUCUCCAAAUUUGAAACUGAGUACGGAUACAAAUCUGCAAGUACAGAUUAAUUCUGCAAGUCUGAAAAUACAAGUUAGUUUUACUGCAGCAAAACAUUUUUCACACAUUUUACACACCUACUCAAAAACCAGUCAGGGUUCUCUUUUCCUUGACAGAUCACAGAGAGAGGAGGGCAAAAAUUCGCUGUGUCCACAACCAGACUUUACUUGGGUCAGAAAACACCUUAAGAAAACCACAUUGGUUCUUGAGUAGGUGUAUAAAAUGUGGGGCAAAUGUUUUGUAGUUGGAAAGACUUUCAGAAUGAAUUCAUAGUUAAAGACUUGAUUUGUACCUGUACUUGUUAGUUUGAAAUAUAGAGAUACAAGUUACAAAACUUGUCCCUAUCCUUUCUCCAUAGAUGGACUACUACUUGGAAUCACAAGCAAAAAAUCUAAAAAAUGGAAAACGGUUUCUAAUAAGGUAUUCCAUUAAGUGAACCAGACCUCUAUAAGGUGAUUAGUGCACUUCAUUAAGAUUUCAACUCCAUCUGUUACAUUCAGAAAACUCUGAUUACAGUGAUUUUUUUCAGGAAGGAGGUUAUAUAAAACCAAGUGCCAAUGAACAAGUAUCAGCACUUCCUGAAGAGUUUGGCCCAUUUCCACCUACAGUGCUGUGUAAAAAUCUCAGUCCAACCCUCAUUUAUUCCAUAUAUACCUUCCUAGCAGCCAAACUUCACUGUAAUCCUUUAAAGUGGUCUUGAUCAAUAGUUUUCCAGCUUUCUGAUAGUUUUUCUUGGCUUUUUCCCAAAAUCUUCUUUGUUAAGGCACUUAACCCUGGCCUGUGAACCAUUCAAGCAGAAAAGAGGCUCCUAACUCGUGGGAUGAACCAGUAUCACAUCAACACACAACAGACAACUUAGCAAAUAACCAGUUUUAAAUUGAAUCUUUAGGCUCCUUGUUACCAGCAGUCUCUGACAAAGACACAUGAUUUCUUCCCCU